AUGUCGACAGCCAGGCUGAGCCUCAUCAAACUUAUUCAACAGGAAUAUUUUCCCGAAGAAAUCAAUUCAGACAACAUCAGGGUCAGACCCAAGAGCAUUCUCUACCAAUUCAACCCGUUCAAGGGCGAUGACGGCCUGCUCCGCUGCAGGACUCGGCUAGAAUUCGCUCCGGAGUUGUCACAGGAACAGAAAUUUCCGAUCAUCCUCCCAGCGGACUGUAAUCUCUCCAGACUUAUCGUCAGAUACAUCCACGAGAAGAAAUGCCUACACUCCGGAGGCGUUUCCGGCCUUCUACAUAUUCUCAGAGAAGAAUUUCUCAUUAUUCACGCAAGGAAACUAGCGAGACAGGUCAUCUCCUCUUGCGCUACAUGCAAAAUCUUUCACGGCCAGGCCGCAAGCCUCCCAAUGGCUCCGUUGCCAGCGUUCAGGCUGGAAACGGCCCCACCAUUCUACCACACAGGUUGUGACUUCGCCGGCCCCAUAAAAUACAAGAACGAUUCAGGCGAAAAAGCGAAAAGCUACAUUCUCCUUUUCGUAUGCGCGGUCACCCGAGCGGUCCAUCUCGAGCUAACAACCGACAUGUCGACCUCAGAGGUCCUCGGUGCUCUACAAAAAUUCGUGAACCGAUACCCGUCGGUGACCACGAUCACUUCAGACAAUGGCUUAUCGUUCCAGAGGACAGCAAAGGAACUCAAACUCCUGUACGAUCACAUCAUCAACGGAGAAAUAAAGAAAUGGCUCGCAGACAAAUUCAUCAGAUGGAACUUCAUAACUCCGAACUCCCCUUCGCAUGGCGGCUUCUACGAGCGCCUCGUGCAAUCGGUCAAGCGACCGCUGAGGAAAGUUCUCGGAACAUCAGUUCCCCACUUCCGGGACCUGGAGGUGAUUCUGAGCAACAUCGAGCUGAUGAUAAAUAAACGCCCGAUCACGGCGGUAGCAUCAGGUCUCGACUCCACAGAAGCCCUCAGCCCGAUGGACCUUUUGCACGGUUAUCGAGGAGAUACAUUCUUUCCGCAGCAUGCGGCCAACCCGAUGAGAACCAAGGAUUCGGACAAGAUAAUUUUCUCCAGGAGAUGGACCUACCAACAGAGGAUCCUAAACUCAUUCUGGAAAAGAUUCCACCGCGAAUACCUGAGCUACCUAAGAUCUGCUCAUAACAGACUCCCCAUUCCGGCCAGGCCGCUGAAAAUCGGCGACAUUUGUCUGCUGGAAGAUUCGAACGCCAACCGGGCGUAUUGGCCCCUCUGUAAGGUCAUAGCACUCAAGAACGAGUCCGCACCUGAAAAAUCGAAAUCAUGCACAAUCAAGACGGCCACGGGCCAAAUCUUCAACCGUCCCAUCACGAAACUCUUCCCGAUAGAGCAUUCCCAGCCGAACUAG